CUCACACUCAUAUCUCAAAAAUGAGCAACGAUCCUCGCCGUGUGUCACUUUUCAAUCGUUGGGCUUCAAAGCAAACCAACGAGCCAGUCUCGGGCUUUGAUGGGCUAAACGAGGAGGAGAUUAUGGAGUACAAAGCAGCUUUCAGGCUUUUCGACAAGGAUGGAAAUGGCUCGAUAUCAUCAAAAGAACUAGGGGUUGCAAUGCGUUCUUUGGGCCAAAAUCCAACUGAGCAGGAGCUUCUUGAUAUGGUCAAUGAGGUAGAUAUCGAUGGAAGUGGAACAAUAGAUUUUGGAGAAUUUUGUCAAAUGAUGAAAAGAAUGAACAAAGAAAAUGACAGUGAGAUGAUUCGAGAAGCAUUUCGAGUUUUUGAUAGAGAUGGAAAUGGAUUCAUUACUGCUGAUGAGUUCCGUUAUUUUAUGACUCAUAUGGGUGAUCAAUUCAGUGACCAAGAAGUUGAUGAAAUUAUUGCAGAGAUCGAUAUUGAUGGUGACGGACAGAUCGAUUAUGAAGAAUUCGCCUCCACAUUCUCCGCUUAAAAUAUUAAAGAAUCCAAAAAUAACUAUUCAUGUACAGUCAAAACAUUUCUCAUCGGGUCGCGAUUUUACUUUUGAAUCAACAAUUCCACCGAAUCUCUCGCUUUGUCUGAAUGACUAUAUAUUUGUUUUCAUACUUUUAAAGAAGCUUAAUGCUCAAGCUUAUUGUAUCUACAGCUUUAGAUUUUUCAAUGAUUGCGACAUCAUAAAGUGAUUUUAGUAA